CGAAAGUGGAAGGUAUUCUCUCCAUGUGCUUGCCGCAAAUUCGCCGUGUUUUUCCGUUUCUUAUAAUGCUGUCUGUAUAUUACGAACAAAAAAUAACGAUUCGCAUUUAGUUGAACGAAAAAUGUGGAACGAUACAGAUAUCAGACGAUUAAUUCACGAAGUACGUAGCCGGCCGGUUCUAUGGGAGAUAAGGCAUAGAAAAUCGUAUAAAGAAAUUAAACAACAAUGGAAAGAAGUAGCAGCAGUGGUGGGCAUUGACGUUCAUCAAUGUCGACGCAAAUGGGCAAAUUUAAGAGACGCUUAUCGGGCUUUAGUUAGACGUUGUGAAAAUCACCAACAAAGAGACAGCAAAUGGAUUUAUUAUAAGGAUCUAAGUUUUAUACGAGAAAAUAAAAGAAUACGUCGUAAAAAGCGGCCAAAAGUGGACCAAGCGGUUCAGAGCAUUUGCAAUGGAUCCACACAAAAUGACAAUGUAUCUGAUUUGGUAGAAAUUUCAAAAAUAAAAAUCGAAUCACCUGAGAUUGGCGAUGAACAAAGGUACUCUGAAGAUGAUGAUGCAGAUGUAAUCGAUAGGCUCUAUAUGGAAUUUGAGCAGGAAUAUGGUUGGUCGGCAGAGGAGACUAACAUAAAUUCGAUUCAGCCGCAACAAAAUGUAAAACAAACAUCAGCAAAUAUUGAGGUUUCCUGUAAUGAUAACAAAAAAUCAAAUAAAAGUUUUGAACCAAAACAAAGCAAAGAUGUUGGCACUAUCACCACCACCGCCCCCACCUCAACGAGCAUUGAAGCUGCCACACAAACAAUACCAAGCCCUGUUGCUAAUAAAAACCAAGGAAAUUGUCACUGUCCCUCUCGAAUCGAAGGUCUUCAGCAGGAAUUACGCAGUCUAUUGAAAAUGACACAAAAUGUUACGAUAUCAGCUCAAACUCACGCCAAUGAUCCCAAUUUUAAUUUUCUCGUCAGUUUUCUACCGCAACUGAAGCAAAUGAAUCCAAUACAAAAUGCUGAGUUUCGCGCACGCAUGAGUAGCCUGGUAUUGAACAUUUUAAUGCCUACUUUGCAAAACGAAACCGAAUUCCAUUCAUAGUGGGUAGUCCGUACGCCUGCCCCUUCACGAAAAAAGGAUAUGGCCAACAUGAAAGAACUGAAGAAUUGAUCUACAAUAUGAAUACCAGUAAUGCAAAGAAGUCCUUGGAAGUUUCAUAGAACGCUCGAACAAUAUGGUUCUUCUCCGAUGGCUUAAUGGAGGAAUUGAACAACCUGUUUCCUCAAUUCAUGGUUCCGAAACCCAAAAUUAAUUGCACCGAUUUUUCGUCGAAGAAGAAAAUAUCGAAAUAACAGAGCUAACGUAGCCGAAAAAAAAUAUGGGUGGCGUAGACAAAAUGGAUCUCUUUCUGCCUUUGUACAGAAUUUCCAUUAGAUCAACUGGGAGGACUUAUGGUCAGAGUACAAAAUGGACAACGAACACUGGAAUAUAAGAAAAUGUAUAAACAUCUUGAGCUUUGGCAACGACAGGGCAAAUGGCCUCUUUGCCCCAACCAAUCAGCGAGCAUGCUCUCAUAAAGUGAUAUGGUAUUUCAGUAAGUUCUUCAACAUCCGGUAAAAAUCGAAAAGUAGCUCCCAUAAAUUCUAUGCGAUAUGAUGGAAGCCAGCAUUGGCAGGAAAAUAUGACUGAUAAAGGCAGACGUAAAUAUAAGGACUAUAAGGGUCAAACAAGAUAUGGGUAUUCCAAGUGUGAUGUCAUUCUAUGCGCACCGAAUGGUUCCAAAAAUAGUUUUAAGGAUUAUCAUUAUUUAGCGAUCGAAUUAAUUAUUUAUAAGUUAUUCUGUUACAUUAUAUUUAAGCGAUAUAUGAAAGCUUUUCAA